AUGACUCCAACAACUCCGAACAACUCGAUGCCCGCAUUGUGGAAGCACUCCAACCUCACCCUCGAAAGACACCCAAUACGAACUACCUCCGGCAACAAACGCGGCCAAGGCACUUGGCGGAUCCAACGCCUUUCUCUCCUCUCACCUGGCACGAACACGACCAUAGUCCAACUGGAAAACAUCCUUCGGCGUGAAUCCCUGGAGAAUGAAGCCUAUAUACGCGACCCAGGCACGCCAUCUCCUCUGAACUGCCUGAUAGAUAGCCUGGAACUGACCACCUGGUUCCACACAAGUGCGCUGGACUUCCUCAUUAUCGCUGACUGCGACCUCCCCGCACACAAGGCCACACAACUUUGGACCCCCACACCCAGUGGCUCCCUCACACCACACCUCAAGUCCAUCAGCACGUACUGCCACGACACCCCUGCUGCUCACCGCGACGAGACUGACAAGGAAUGCACAGACAAGGGCAUCUCUUUCCAGCAAUGGAUACAGCGUAUCGGUCUUUCUUCCACCUUCCGCUACCGAUACCCCAACCUACAACGACACAACUACACUCGCAAUAACAUUGCCGUAGCACUGUACGACAACUACAUCAUCGCCUGCUUCGCCCACAAAUUGGACCUCUGUCCAGGCAUUCACAAGCCCAUAAGGGUCGUCAACGCAUGCACCCUCACGAAGGAGGAUAUCUCCACGUUUGGCGCGCACGCCUCUAAACUCCUCCUCGACGGCCAACUCCCCCGCUUCCGCCCCCCACACACAUGCCGCCGCGACAUGGACACCACCGAUAGGCUCGAAGGAGCUUUCUAA